UCCGUCUCGCGCCUCGCCGCUCCUUCCGCCUUCCCGGCGGGCCCCGCGCGGCGCCUGCGCGGCGCGUGACCUUUCCUGCGGACGGCGCUGCGGUCGGGCGGGGUCCGAGCCCUUGGUCCUGUCGCGAUGCUCCAAAGCCUGAUUAAGAAUGUCUGGGUCCCCAUGAAACCCUACUACACCCAGGUUUACCAGGAGAUCUGGCUGGGGGUGGGGUUGAUGAGCUACAUCGUCUAUAAGAUCAGGAGUGCUGAUAAAAGAAGUAAGGCUUUGAAAGGUUCCACCCCUGCGCCUUCUCACGGCCAUCACUGAGCGCAUGAGGCGACACGCCGGUCCGCCCGGGCGUUUGAGCGAGCUUUGUGAGACAGGAACGCGGAACGUCGCUGUGCGCCUGCUUGUGGGAGUGCCACCUCUUCUGUGGCGGGAAUAAAAUGUGUCUGUGAGAUGUA